CCCCGACUGGACGCCCAUGCGCUGCUCUCUGGCACAUGGCAACGGGCUGUCGGCUCCACCCUCCCCACUGCCCGCUCACAGCCUGGAUACUCUUCUCCCGGUCACUGCAGGAUGUGUGGAUUGUGAACUGAUCAGACUCCACUCUGACUCAUCUUUUAAUUGAAGAUAGAUACAAAAAGCAGGAGUAACUCAGCGGGACAGGCGGUAUCUCUGGAGAGAAGGCAUGGAUGACGUUUCGGGUCGAGACCCUUCUUCAGACUGUUAAUUGACUGGAAAGGGCAAAUGAAGGAACAUCAGAGUUUCAGAAAGUGUGUGGAUGCUUGAAUUGCCAUGAAUAGACCCAGGUCCGACCUGGAGGAGCGUUUACACUGAGGACCAGUUGAUUCCUCUCUUGCCUUUUCUUAAGGACGUUUUGCAAGUUUGUAACUUCUCGAGAAAUACAUCGACAUUUAAUACAAGCGCCUUGAACCGUCCGCCAGCAAUGUACCGAGGGCUAGCGAAUGUUUGUUUGCUGUUCCUCGCCGUCACCUCCGCUGUUACCCCGGGAAUAACACAGCCCCACAGGCCAAAUGUUUGUGCGGAGAGGGAGGUGAUGAUGAUUGGCCGCAGGCAGCCAUGCGUACAGGCCUUCACCCGGAUGGUCAAGGUGUGGAAACAAGGAUGUGGAGAGCAGAAGUGGUGUGUGGGACACGAGAGGAGGACUGCGUAUUACACUGCGUACAGACACGUGUACAGCAUGGACUUCCAGAUGGUGUACAAAUGUUGCCCAGGGUGGAGGCGGCUGAACAGUGAAGCUGGAUGCUUGUACCCAAUUUGCAGCACUGGUGUGUGCUUUAAUGGUGGCAGAUGCAUCGAGGGCACAUCACAGCUGUGUCAGUGUCCACAAGGCUUCCAAGGACCUCGUUGUCAAUAUGAUGUGAAUGAAUGUGAGGAGGACAGUGGGGGAUGUGAUGGCCGAUGUAGUAACACCAUUGGCAGCUUCUACUGCCAGUGCCGCCAGGGUCUGACGCUGCAGUCCGACGGCAAGACUUGCCAAGAUGUGGACGAGUGCCAAGUGCAUAAUGGAGGCUGUCAACACAAGUGCAUAAAUACUCUGGAAUCACAUUACUGCGAGUGUAAACCAGGAUUCCGCCUGCACACUGAUGGCCGCACCUGUAUCGGCAUCAAGACAUGCUCGAUUGGGAAUGGAGGCUGUGAUCAUGAUUGUGUUCAGUUGUCGAUAGCACACUACCAGUGUCGGUGUCGACACAACUACCAGCUCCAGGAGGAUGGCAAGCACUGCGAGUUGAAGGAUCCAUGCGCUGAUAAGAAUGGGGGCUGUAUGCACAAGUGCCAGAAUCACCAUGGAGUGGCUCGGUGUGAGUGUCACCCAGGGUACGGACUGGCCAGUGACAUCAAGGGAUGUGAAGAUAUGGAUGAGUGCGUGUUUGGGAUCGCUGAUUGUUCACACGGAUGCAUCAACACACGUGGGUCUUUCUCCUGCGUUUGCAAUGCAGGCUAUGAGCUGGGUGCUGAUGGCAAGCGGUGUUACCGGAUUGAGAUGGAGAUCGUCGAUGGCUGUGAAUCAAACAACGGAGGAUGCUCCCACCACUGCCGACACUCUGCCUUUGGCCCCCAGUGCAGCUGUGAUCAAGGCUUCCAGCUGGAUGCUGAUCAGAAGACAUGUGUGGAUGUGGAUGAGUGUUCUGCUGGAGAUGGCUGCUGUGAACAGGACUGUUUCAACACCCCUGGAGGAUACGAGUGUGGCUGCCAGGCCGGCUACAUCCUCAGCCUGGACGGCUGCACGUGUGACGAUGUUAAUGAAUGUGCCAUUAAAAAUGACAUCUGUGAGCACAUCUGCCAGAACACAGUAGGAUCGUUCCAAUGUCGCUGCAACAUCGGCUACAGGCUGGAGGAUGAUCGCAGGAGCUGCAUCUCCUUGGAUGACCCGGUGGAGGCUCUGAAUGGGCGACCUGCGUACGGAAGGUACUUCCCCGAGGUGACUUUCUAUCACGAGGAGGAGCUGACACAGUUGUUCGAUGAGGAAGAGGACGACCUUGCAGAAGGAGAGGCCCGUGGGGAGUUCACCCUCUCGCACAGCUUCGUGUGCUGGGCCAGUACGUUUGGUAACGACUGCAGCUUGACCUGUGAGGACUGUCGGAAUGGCGGCUCCUGUAACGAGGCUGAGGAUGGCUGUGUUUGCCCAGAGGGGUGGACUGGUCUGCUGUGUAACCAGACCUGUCCGGAGGGAACGUUCGGGAAGAAUUGCAGCUUUGUGUGCAAGUGCAGGAAUGGUGCAACGUGCAACAUGCUGACGGGCCAGUGUCGCUGCCCCCCUGGGGUGGGCGGAGAGAUGUGCCAGGAUGGCUGCCCCAAGGGAUUGUAUGGAAAAGCCUGCAACAAGAAAUGUAACUGUGCCAACAGUGGCCGCUGCCACCGUAUCUACGGAGCCUGCCUCUGUGAUCCUGGUCUCUACGGCCGCUUCUGCCAUCUGCCAUGUCCCAAAUGGACGCAUGGGCCAGGCUGCUCCAGCCAGUGUGGGUGCGAGCUGCACAACACGCUGCACUGUGACCGCAGAGAUGGGAGCUGCAACUGCAAGCCCGGCUACCAUGGGACCACGUGUCAAAACGUUUGUGACCCUGGUGUUUACGGAGCUGGAUGCAACAGCAAGUGUAGUUGCUCAGAAGGUGUUUCCUGUGACCAUGUAACCGGCGAAUGCAAGAUGCUGUGUCCUCAGGGGUACCACGGGAAGAACUGUAGUCAAGAGUGUGGCAGCAACAGUUUUGGAACAAACUGCCUGCAGACGUGUGAUUGUGGGGGAGCCCCGUGCCACAGGGUGAACGGAGAAUGCAUCUGUCCAGCUGGCAAAACCGGCCUCCAGUGCAGCCAAGACUGUCCACCAGGCCGCUGGGGCCUGAGCUGCCAAGGGAGCUGCCCACCCUGUGAGAACAAUGGAAGGUGUAGCAAGGAGACUGGACAGUGUAUUUGCCGACCAGGAUUCAUGGGGAGGCUGUGUCAGAACAUUUGCCCCGUGGGCCGGUAUGGCCUGGGCUGUCAGAUGCGAUGUGUUUGUGAGAACAAGGGGCAUUGUGACCCCGCCACAGGCCGCUGCCAGUGUACCCCAGGAUGGACUGGCCACAACUGCAGGAGAGCCUGUGAUGCUGGUCAUUGGGGAGCGGACUGUUUGAACUCGUGUGACUGCAGGAACAGUGAUGGGAGCUGCCACACAGUCAGCGGGCAGUGCAUCUGCGAGGCAGGUUUCACUGGCCAGCGCUGUGACCACAAGUGCCCUGGAGGUACGUAUGGACCAGGCUGCCGGCACCGAUGUCACUGUGAGAACGAUGCAGCCUGCGAUCACGUGAGCGGGGCCUGUCACUGUACCGCAGGCUGGCUGGGAACUUUCUGUGAGCGAGCGUGUCCGCAUGGCUUUCAUGGCGUGGAGUGCCGGCAGGUGUGUGGCUGCCAGAAUGGUGCCCUCUGUGACCACGUGUCAGGCUCCUGCUCCUGCACGUCUGGCUGGAUUGGACUGAGCUGCAAUCAAUCAUGUCCAGGACUGACCUUCGGGGAGAAUUGCAGCCAGUCUUGUGAGUGCAACAACGGUGCCAGCUGUGAUCACGUGACGGGCCGCUGCCACUGUGGUCCGGGCUGGACAGGAGAACAGUGUCAGACAGCAUGCUCGCCUGGUUCCCACGGCACCCGUUGUUUGCAGAGAUGCAUCUGUCAAAAUGGUGGAUGGUGUGAUCACGUGACCGGCCACUGUACCUGUCCCAUAGGGUGGACUGGAGUGGCCUGUGAGCUGGAGUGUGCAUCUGGGAGGUACGGCGUGGAUUGCCAGCAGCAGUGUGACUGCCUGAACGAGGGGCAAUGUGACCGGCAGAGUGGCCAGUGCUCCUGCCGCCCUGGAUGGAUGGGAGCAAGGUGCCAAACCCCUUGCCACGUGGGACUGUACGGAGAUCGCUGUGAAGAGCAUUGCGAUUGCAACCACGGGUCCUCGUGUCACCACGUGACGGGCAUGUGUCUGUGCGCCAAGGGAUGGCGAGGAAGACACUGCGAGAAAGCUUGCUGGCCAGGUUACUAUGGCGAUGGGUGUGUGCAGCGAUGUAACUGUCCCCCCAGCGUCCCCUGUAACCAUGUGACGGGCGAAUGUGGCUGUCCUCCAGGGUUCACAGGCAACGGCUGUGAACAGAUCUGUCUGCCGGGCACCUACGGUUGGAACUGUAACCAGGUGUGCCAGUGUUCAGCCCAGAACCAACAGUGCCACCCAGUCAGCGGAGAAUGCAUCUGUGCACCUGGUUACCACGGAGACACCUGCCACCUGCGGUGCCCAGCCGGCAGGUACGGGUCCAACUGCAGGGAGACGUGUCAGUGUCUGAACAGAGGCCAUUGUGAGACAGUGUCUGGAACGUGUGUCUGUGCCCCUGGCUAUGUCGGAGCAGACUGCAACCAGACCUGUCCCGCCGGUCACUAUGGGUCGGACUGUGCCGUGCGGUGUGCCUGUGGGGAAGGUGCCGGGUGUGACCACGUGACGGGCCGAUGCAGCUGCCCGCCGGGCAGGACCGGUGACCAGUGCCAGCACGUCUGCCCUAGAAACAGGUUUGGCGCAGGCUGCGGGGACACGUGCAGCUGCAGGAAUGGUGGGCGGUGCAGCGCGGUGGACGGCUCCUGCUCCUGUGGCCUGGGCUGGACGGGACCCCAGUGUGAGCAAGAGUGCCCCGCUUGGAAGUUUGGUGCCGGAUGCCAAUUGGACUGUGCCUGCCACACCAAUGCCAGCUGUGACCGGGUCACCGGAUUCUGCCACUGCCCUAAAGGAUAUUACGGGCAAUCCUGUGAGCACGUCUGCCCGCUGGGAUUUCAUGGAUCAAACUGCCAACACCUCUGUGACUGUGGGAACAGUAUGGCCUGUGACCCUGUGACUGGCCACUGCCUGUGCCCACCCGGUUACCACGGAGACCGCUGCGAGGAAGAGUGUGAACAGGGCUGGUACGGAGAUGACUGUGGACAGCCGUGUGACUGUGAGGGUGGUGCACCUUGUGAACCCACGAGUGGACAGUGCCUCUGUCCCCCAGGGAGGACUGGCCCCAGCUGCCACCUUGACUGUCCCACCAACCGCUAUGGGCCAGGCUGCUCCCUGCCCUGUGACUGCUCCAACAAGGGUCGCUGUGAUGCUCGCAACGGGCACUGCAGCUGUCUGCACGGCUGGGUCGGGCCCCACUGCCGACAAGGAGGACCACCCAUACCGCCCCACCAGGUGGCAGCUGCUGCAGCACUGGGGAACGUGGUAGCAGACACUGUCGGGCGGCUGUAGUCACCACAGGGAAAGCCCUCUCUGGCAGGCGUCACGGAGACCGCUUCUCAUCCCACACCCCUGACCGAAGACACACACCACACACAGCAGAUCGACAGCAGCGCACACUGGGAGUGGCGGCACGAGUCGCAGCCUCACACAGACACUCGGCUCAAUCAUAGACCACUACCACCUGCUGACGGACUUGGGCUCAGACUCCACAUGUGGUCACUGUCCUGGAGACAGAGAAUGGUCCAAUUCCAUCGACUCCCGACGUCUUGAAACCCAAAACGCCGAACAAGCUCAACGUCGAGGCUGCUGGAAAUAUUCUUGAUACCUUAAAGACCUUUCUUUUACUACAAUACACAGUAUAUAUAAUUUUAUUUUUGUAAAGCAAAUCCUGGAUGGGGCGGAUUAGUGGAGAUUCGGGUCCCUGGCCCCACACUGACUGACUGACUGAGGGAGUGGGUGAACAUCGAGACCUGUCUUCCAUCUGGUGUGGGCCUGUGGCUGCCUCCUCCAUCUCACUGGGACCAGCAUGGAAGCAGGAGCAAGCUGCCAGCACUGACGAGGCUCUCCUGGAGCUGGUGAACGUUUGAUCUGCCCAGAGCCCGUGGGCAGGGUGAAGGGAUUGUAACCGCGUGGAGAGGGGAUGUAUCUCUGGCAUUCCCACAGCCGCCAGUCCCCAUUGCAAUCUGUUCAAGACCAGCCCAACCCUCACUCAGUAGCGGUCCCAUACUCCCAACUGACUCACUCCCUCUGCUUCCCUAACAGGCAGACCCCUCCCUGCACACCCUACGCUGCAGACACAGCAGAAGGGGUUCAAUUCCACAAGUCCCACUGAACUAUACGUGAAUGGCUUCACAAGCAUCUGUUGGCAGGUCGAGCAUGAAUAAGUCACGAGCCUCUCACGUCCUCCCCUUUCUCCCUCUGUGGGGUUGGUCUAUUUGAAUUCCUCAGGUUCUCUAUAAAUGUACAACACUUCCAUCUGCUUCAGUGCCUUCAGUUCCAGGGACCACAACACUGCCAGCCCCUCCACUACCCCUGCACUGUUUACACAUUGGGAGCCAUGUUACUGAUACACUUUGGGUUAGUUGGAAGUUUCUGUUUCAACUUGACCAUCUCCUUUCAUCCUUUCUUCCCCCAUCAGUUUAAUAAUCAUAUUUACAAAAAUUGUCAUUUGCAACUAACAAUUGCAAGUAUCUGUGAAUUCUUUCUGGCAACUCGGUGUGGGUGGCACGAUGGCCCAGCGGUAGAGUUGCUGCCUUUACAGCGCUAGAGACGCAGGUUCGAUCUUGACUACAUGUGCUGUCUGUCUGUACAGGUUUGUACGGUCUCCCCGUAACUGCUUGAGAUUUCUCCAUAAGCCCCAGUUUCCUCCCAUACUCCGAAGACGUGCAGGUUUGUAGGUUAAUUGGUCCGGAUGUGCAGGACAUAGAACCAGUGUACGGGUGAUCGCUGGUCGGCGUGGACUCGGUGGGCCGAAGGGCCUGUUUCCAUGCUGUACCUUGUAACUGAACUAAACUACAGUGGAGAGAAGGGUGACCAAAACACCAAGGGUGCAGCCUAAUUUCUUUGUUUCUGGGACAAACUGUUUUCUUCUCACUUGAUAUCCUCUCAGUGUUUAAGCUGACGUUACACCGUGGACUUUGAUGCAGUGCCAAUGCAUGGAUACUGGCUGCUCAGCAGUGUACAGGACUGUUACCAACACUGCACUGGAGGUAUCCUCAUCCUCUCCAUAUCCUUCUGCUGCAGUCAUUUCAGUAUUUCACACAGUUCUAGGGCUCAGCUACUACCAGUGAUCCUGUACAGCUGCUGUAAUUGAACAUGCCCUUGUAGAAUAUGUCCGCUCUUUUACAAGAAACAAUGUCUGAAAAUCAAAGUGACCACAUUUACCACUUAAAGUGUUGGAAUAACUCAGCAGGGCAGACUGCAUGCUGCCUGAGUUACUCCAGCACUUUGUGUCUUUUUUUUGGACAACCAGCAUCUGCAGUUGCCUUUUUCUGCAUUUCUACAAAACGCUUGCUACCAUAGCAAAGGUGGCUGGAGGCUGCGCUGUUUCACCUAUCCACAGUCAUUUGUCUGCAGGCCAGUGAUUCACGUGUAAUUCAGGAGAGUGCACAACAGACAGGAGCUAGUGGGAUCAACGUGCAUGGUUUCUCCAACACUCUGGCCUGGCAUUGACCCACAGCCCAGUCCCAGACUUGCCCGUCUAGCAAUAAAGUAGAGGGGCCCCCUGUGGAACACACACCACCUUCAUCCACUGGACCCCACGCCCCCUGCUGGUGGGGAGAAAGGUUUGCUCUCCAUCUACAGUCAAUGGUGUAGAUCUACAAUUAUCUACAUUGACUCCCAGGACUGGCUGAUGGAGCUGAGCUAAGACCAGGGCUCAGGGACUUGCAGUCUUCCAUAGGUGCACAAGGUCACCCCUAAUUCCAUGUCUAGGAGCAGACUUAUGCCAUUCAGCCCAUCCAGUCCACUCCACCAUUCAAUCAUGGCUGAUCUAUCUUUCCCUCUUAAACCCAUUCUCCUGCCUUCUCCACAGAACCCCUGAUACCUGUACUAAUCAAGAAUCUAUCAAUCUCUGUCUUUAAAAUACCCAUUGACUUGGCCUCCACAGCCUUCCACAGAUUCACCACCCUUUAACUAAAGAAAUUCCUCCUCGUCUUUCUAAAGGUACAUCCUUUUAUUAUGAGGCUAUGGCCUCUAGUCAUAGACUCUACCACUAGUGGAAAGAUCUUCUCCACAUUCAUUCUAUCCUGGCCUUUCAUUAUCGGGUAAGUUUAUUUUUUUAUCACACAAAGAGUGUGGGUGUAUGGAAUGAGCUGCCAGAGGAGGUAGUUGAGGCAGGGACUAUUCCAACAUUUGCGAAAGUUAGACGGGUACAUGGAUAGGCCAGGUUUGGAGCGAUAUGGGCCAAACGCAGGCAGGUGGGACUAGUGUAGCUGGGACAUGUUGGUCGCGUGGAUAAGUUGGGACAAAGGGCCUGUUUCCACACUGUAUCACUCUAUGACUCUAGCACCCCCACCCCCACCACCCACCUACCUCAUCAUACUAAACUCCAGCGAGUACAGGCCCAGUGCCAUCAAAUGCUCAUCUUAUGUUAAUCCACUCAUUUCUUGGAUCAUUCUCGUAAACCUCAGCUGGACCCUCUCCAAUGCCAGCACAUCCUUCCCCUCUCCCGCAACCCAUCAGAAAACCUAGGGAACUGUGACCUUCUGCAGCAGGCCAUUCGGCCCAAUACUUGCUGCUUCCCCUCUUGGAGACAGGACCUCUGACUGGAGCCCAACAUAUACCAGCAGUGCUUCUAGACCACAGCCAGGCUGAUACCAAGGCAGGAACCACAGGGAGUGCCCAGAGCUCCAUUUAUUAAAAGGACUAUUCCACCCACCACUUACCUACUUUUACCAUUAGAUACCGAGCAAUAGCUUGAAUUCGUAAUUCAUUAUCCGAGUCCUCAGGAUGGUGAUAAAGAAGCAGGCGUCUUGCAGGCGUUGGGUGGCGUUUGCUGUCAGGAGGCAGUCCGUAUUCAUCGGACCACUUGCACCUCUUAGAGGAGCCUCCUAAAGGUGGCUAGAACCAUAGACAUUGACAGACAAAUGGCCAUAGACACUAGCUAAAGCAAACUGCCCUGGACACUGGCUAUGCCAAAGCCAUGCUUAGCUGGCAGUCAAAUGUAAAAUAUUUCUGACAUUCAGAAACUCUUUUGAAAUAAUUAGAGUCAAGGGAAACAUAUUAAAACACUAAUAUAUCCAGCAUUUAAAUAAAGAAAUCAAAACCUUCUUACACGCCCCUUUGUACCAACCUUCCUCCAUUGGGUGAGUAGAGGAGAACUGUCUCGUGUUGAACCUGGCGACCUUCGUACAUCAGGUUCACCAGUUGAAGGCAUCGUUGAUGACCUGCUUCCUACCUUGCCCUGUGACUCUGAGUCAGUGUGGGCCCUGAGUGUGUGGAGCAGGGCACAGCCUGGCAGGGCAAGCAGGGGAUGCACUCCUUCUACCAUAGAACAUAGGAGAGUAGCGCAUAGGAAGAAGCCCUUCAACCCACAGUGUCUGUGCCCAACCUGAUGCCAAGAACAAUUCCUAACUCCCUGCACAUGAUCGAUAUCUAUGUGCCAAUCUAAAAGGCACUUUAAUGCUGUUAUUGUAUCUGCCGCAAACACCAUCACUCACCCCUAGCAGCGUGUUCCAUGCCCGCACCUCCUCUGUGUAAAACAUUGCCUCGCACAUCUUCUUUAAAUUUUGCCCGUCUCCCCAAUACACUCUAGUGUCGGAUAUUUCCAUCUUGGGAUAGCGUUUCCGACUGUCUGUCUGUGUCUCAGUAUUUUACCUGCUUAAAUCAGGUCUCCAUUCAACCUCCACUUUGUCCAACCUCCCCUUGAUGUCUUUAUUCUUUGGAGCGCAGAAGGUUAAGGGGGGACUUAAUAUAGGUCUUUAAAAUGAUGAGAGGGAUAAACAGAGUUGACAUGGAUAAGCUUUUUCCAUUGAGAGUAGGGAAGAUUCAAACAAGAGGACAUGACUUGAGAAUUAAGGGACAGAAGUUUAGGGGUAACAUGAGGGGGAUCUUCUUUACUCAGAGAGUGGUAGCGGUGUGGAAUGAGCUUCCAGUGGAAGUGGUGGAGGCAGGUUCGAUUUUAUCAUUUAAAAAUAAAUUGGAUAGGUAUAUGGAUGGGAAAGGAAUGGAGGGUUAUGGUCUGAGUGCAGGUAGAUGGGACUAGGGGAAAAUAAGUGUUCGACACGGACUAGAAGGGCUGAGAUGGCCUGUUUACGUGCUGUUGUUGUUAUAUGGUUAUAUGGUUAUCAAAGCUAACACCCCCUCAAACAGACAUCCCCUAAACCCAUUCCAAAGCCUCCACAUCCUUCCUGCAUUACAGUGACCAGAACUGCAUACAAUACUCCAAAUGUGGCUUAACCAAAGUCCUAUAGAGCGGUAUCUAGAAUUCCUCACUCUUAUACCCCAGCCAACAAAAAAGCAAGCAGACAUCUGCCUUCUUUACUGCUCAAUUUAUUUGUGCAGCCACUUUCAGGAAUUUAUGGACUUGAACUCCAAGAUCCCUCUGUUUUUAUUAAACCUCUCUAUUUUUUCCUUAGAUUUGACUCCCAAACUCUAAUCUCUCACACUUGCUCGGGUUAAAUUCCACCUGCCAUUUCUCAGCCCACUUCUGCAGCUGAUCCUUAUCCCACUGUAUACGUUGACAGCCUUAUUCACAGUGCAUGACCCCAGCAACUCAAUGUCAUCUGCAGACAUACUACCCAACACGUCUACGGUUAUCAGCGGGUGCAGCAGCAUCUAUGGAGCGAAGGAAAUAGGAGACGUUUCAGGCCAAAACCCUUCUUCAGACUGAAGAAGGGUAUCGGCCCGAAACGUCACCUAUCUCCUUCGCUCCAUAGAUGCUGCUGCACCUGCUGAGUUUCUCCAGCAUUUUUGUGUACCUUCGAUCUUCCAGCAUCUGCAGUUCCUGCUUGAACACAUCUACGGUUAUAUCCAUUUACCUCAUUGGCACUGUGCUCGAUACGUUCCUUCACAAGGGGACAUAGUUGUUGAGUGUAGGGGCAGACCGACCGGGAUUACUGUUUUUUGCAUCUUAAUCUUCAUAUACUCUGCCCGAUAAUGUCAAAGGCUGAGGCUGGUGGUUUGAAUGUGACCACCAGUCACCAGAAUUCCAUCGUCAAUUAGUUUAAUUUAGAGAUAAACGUGGAAACAGGCCCUUCGGCCCCCCGAGUCCGUGCCGACCAGCGAUCCACAUACACUGGCACUAUUCUACACACACACAUGGAACAAUUGAGUCGUGGCUCCAAGACAUGGGAAAUGACCCAAUUUUCUAAAGCCGGUUAGAUCUUUACUGCAAGGACUGGUGUUCCACAGUGGGGCCAAUAGCAGGGGGUCUUUCAUGGAUGUGGUGAGUGUAGGACCCUUCCUCGCAUACACUGCAUCCAACCAGUCGCCACCGACUUGGAUCCCCGUGUCAUAGACAACAAGCAGCUGUCUAGAGAUGGGUGACUUUGUGGGGUUGAACAAUCUCCCGUUUGCCCAAUAGAUUAUGUGGGCGGCACGGUGGCGCGGCGGUAAAGUUUCUGCCUCACAGCGAUUGCAGCACCAGUGACCCGGGUUCGAUCCUGAUUACGGGUGCUGCCUUUACGGAGUUUGUACGUUCUCCCCGUGACCUGCGUGGGUUUUCGCCGAGAUCUCCGGUUUCCUCCCACACUCCAAAGACGUACAGGUAUGUAGGCUAAUUAGCUUCGUAUCAAUGUUAAAUUGUCCAUGGUGUGUGUUGGAUAGUGUUAAUGUGCGGGGAUAAAGUUAGUGGAAACCUACUGAAGGUGCAGGAUUGAAAAGUAACUGUGGGGUCACCAGCUUGUGGCAAAUUCAGGCCUUGUACAGACUUGUGUGGGAGUCACAGCUCGCUCGCAGUUACGCAAAGAAACCCUGGCAACUCCACAUACAAUUGGCUAAUAAAGUAUGAUGAUGAUUAUAAAGCAGUUCCAAAGUGUUGAUGUGCUUCAGUUCCCCAAUGGUCACGUUGUGCUCUGAAUGAUAGGAAAAUGAAAUCGAUCAAUUGACAAGUGACUGGAUUUUCACAGAAUGAGAUUAAAAAUCUCUCAACCACCAAACCUGGAGUUUAGGAUUAAACUAGAGGUGCUAUUAUGAAUAUAUGAAUAAAUAUCAGGUCAUUUGUGUUUUAUUCAAAUUAGCGUGUUGUGUACACAUGGUUUUCUAAUGGAAGUAUUUGUAUUCAUGUAUACUAUAAUAAAAGGAUUCUGAACUCAACAACUCAAUUUGCAUAACUUACAAUGUUAACCACCUCCGGGGAUGGAUUCCCGAGUCCAGCUUGUUAUUGUGUCUUGUGUUGCAUUUAUAUUGGUGCUGCCUAACAUCAAAGUGAUUCACAGAGCAGUUGUAACCAAAGAUCCUAUAACAAGCAAGACA